AUGAAUAGAGGAUCUUCUUCAAACACAAAGUUAAAUAAAAAAACAUUUGUUCAGUUCAAACUCCAUUUUCCUGAAACUACAAGACCUACUGCAAGUAAAGAAAAAGGGAAGUGUGUAAGCCACCGUUCAGUUGUACCUGAAAAAAGAAAAGAUUCAGACGAAAAGCAUGUUUAUUGCUAUUACUGUGAUAUGGGAAAAUCUAUCACUUUAUAUCGACCUAAUAAUAGUGAUCACUUAUUAACUCAUAUUAAUACUGCACUGCAUACUAAUAAUAAAGUGGAGGCUGACAAAAGGGUGAAUAAAAAACUGCGAACAACUUUUAUUUCUCAAUAUGUUACCGAUGAUGAUAAUUAUAAUAGUGAUUAUGAUGCUAAUGAUUUGCAAUGCAAAGAUAAUAGCAAUUCGCAAUAUAAAGAUUGUAAAUGGCUUGAUAUGAAUUUUAAUCAGCUUAAUCAAGUUGUCAUAAAUACCAUCAAAUACCGAUCUGGAUCAACCACAUCUGAUGCUCUUAAAAAUCUUUUAAAUUAUAUUUCUCUUGAACUUAAGAAUAAUUCUUAUCAUUUACUUGUCAAAUCAUAUCCAGCACUUGGUCAAAUUAUUGAAGCUGUUGAAGCAAAUGGACUUAAAGAUUGGAUUGAAAGAUGUACAACUUUUAUGAUAAACAAAACUAUGGAUGAACAACAACCAGUAUUUGUUGGCAUGGCACGAGCAGUUACCAAAGUUCUUGAUAAGAUAGAGUAUGAAGUAACCUCAAUACGUGGAAUUAGGCAAUAUAAUGAAACUGGACCAACAAUUCGAUUUUUACAUAAAAAAUGGAAUGAAAAUGAUGAAUUUUAUAACAUUUAUAAUCAAAUAAAGGUUGCUGAAAUGAUUGAAUUUUGCAGAACACAGCAACAAUGGGUGGGAUCUGUUCCAAUUGACAAUUCAAUGGUACCUCAUUCAAUGACCACUGAGGAGCUUCAUACUAAAAUUUCAUCAUUUAAUAAAGCAACAUAUAUUACAGUUUUUGCAUUAUCAGCUAUUUUACCAGAUAUUCUACCAUUAGUCUUAGCUAUUAUAUCAUCAAAUCAAAAAGAAACUAAAAGUGAUGUAUUUUUUAAAAAUAAUACUAUUUUGAAAGAAUUAAUAAAAUCAAAUGCUAAACCUAUUGGUCUUUACUUUAAUGAUGCUGCUCAUGAUCAGGCUUGGAUUGAAGAAACUUAUAAUAAAAAUUCAUUAGUUUAUAAUGAUCUUGGUAUUAUAAUGAUAAAUAUGUUAAUUAUUACUGAUGAUAAAACAUUUUUUUCAAGAAAAUUUCCUAUUGAGAUUAAUCUAUCUGACAAUGGUCAACCUUUAAUUAAUGGAACUGAUAUUUUUCAUUGUAUUAAAAAAGCUGAACAUCUUUGGUAUCUUUGGUACUUAAAGGAAUUAUAUGAAAGCAAAUCGAGCUUAACAAAUGAAGUAUUGAAUCCAAAAGAUAAGCAGACUGAUAAACUUGCCGAAAGAUUUUUUUCUUCUAAU